AUGAAUCUUGAGGGACUCAUGUGCUCCAAAUCGCAGUGCAGAUUCGCCUUGGUCUUUCUCAAGAAGCUGUGGAAAGUGCAGAUGCUUCUCCUGAGUGUGGUGCUCAGUGUGCGAGUUGUCCAGUACUGCGGGAGGAUGAUGCCUGACUUUCCCUUUGAGAAGGACAUCAACAUUUGCAGGAAGCGCUUUGCAUGGAGAAAGCCCAUUCUUGGCAGGUUCGAGCCUGACUGGAAACCUUUCCUGACCAGCAAGGAGUUAUUCUGGCAGGAUGACACCCCUGCCAGGAGACAACUAAACGACCUUCUCCACUUCCACAGUCUUCCCUUCGGACUGAAUAGUUCGGUUCUCCAUGCGUUCCACACGUUACAGCUCCUCCCGCAGCAGGGGAUGCCAAAGUCCAUUGAGCGUCUUCGGUGCCGAAGGUGCGUCGUGGUCGGCAACAGUAACUCCAUUCGUGGCCGAGGCCUCGGGGCAGUGAUUGACUCGCACAACAUCGUCAUCAGGUUAAACAAUGCUCCAGUGAAAGAGCACGAGGAAGAUGUGGGUGAGAAAACCAGCAUCCGGCUCUUCUUCCCCGAGUCUGCGCUGCCCAACCCUCUGGAUAACAACGACAAUGAAACGCUGAUGGUGCUCAUUGCGUUCAAGGGCCUGGAUUUUACCUGGGUGAAGGAGAUGCUGCUGCAGACAAGGAAUAAGACCGUAGAGGGGUUUUGGCGCAGGCCGCCCAGUGAAUGGAAGUGGAAUCCCUCUCACCUGCGGAUUCUGCACCCUUACGUCACCUACGAAGCAACAUACAAAUUGCUUCAGCUGAAGAAGACGGGCGGGAAAUAUUCCACCACCGGAAUCAUCGCUUUGAACUUAGCUCUCCAUAUCUGCCACGAGGUUAACAUCAUAGGAUUUGGGUACCCUGACAAGGAUGACAAUACCACGCCAGUACACUACUAUGACCCGGCGCAUCUGAACGAGGGCCUGUUUGUGACGCACAACAUCAGCGCGGAGCAGGCGUGGCUGCUGAAAAUGAUGGAGCGGGGGAUGAUUUCCGACUUGAUGCGCCCUUCCUCCUGGUCCUGGGGCCCCUGA